AUGUCGGGUGGAUUCUGGAAAUGGUCAACGAGAGUGACCAAAGGGAUCAAAGACACUCACCACUUCAAGAAGAUCAAAGCACGUUCCACCUUGCGGCACCGGCUUUGGACCCUCGGUCACGACCAAAAGUGCAGCAGCAGAAUCCGUCGUAUAGGUAACGCAUAUCUGCCUCGUCCGGCGGGUACGCAACCUGUUGGACCGCAGUAUACGUAUGAGCAUGACCCCUCGGGGCCAGGCCAAUGGUCGACAGAACCCACACCGGGUGCUGUACAAACCCAGAGCGCAUACUCUAUAUCAGAAGGAAGAACGCAAUUCCGGCAUUCGGCAACCUCGGAAAACGAGAUACCACGUCAGCCAACCACGGGUGGUCAUUUCCAGCCACAACUCGAACCGCUCGCCAACCCAGACGGCGCGCUUCCGUUUACGCAUUUCCGUUCUUCCUCUGGAACCGAUAUCGCAAACAUCACCGGCGCGAGUCCACAUGGCUCGACGUCGUCAACCGGACAACUUGCUAGCGCCCGUGUCCCACCACCACCUGUACCGACAAAACUAGAUGCGAACAUGACCGGUGGAAGCGUGACAAGUCAGACGAGUGCAACAAGUGCAACGGGCGCUGGUGUCAGUUCCAAGUUGGGCCCACUCACGCCCUCGACGCAUCAUCAGCGUGAUCCGCAUGACGAGCGAGUGCUCGAGUUGCUCAGUCUUGUAGCUACUGGAACGACCACGCCGGUGGCUACUGCGUCUGGGCAGACUUGCGAAGGAGAAGCUGCAGAAUCAAACGACUGA